AUGCGCCUCAGCGUGGCGGAGAGGGAGAGCCCGGCGGCUCGCACGGGGGCCAACCCCGCGAAGUCCGCGCCGCCCCCGGCCCGGCCGAGAAGCCGCCUCCGGCGCUGGCGCCCUGAGAGCCCUGGGAAGCUCCCGGGCGAGCAGGGCCCCGAGGCCGGGGCUGCAGGCUCCGGGCCUACUCACCCGGAGCUGGCGGAGCGUGGGAGCCGGCGCUCCCCACGGCCGGACGACCAGGGCGCGGCCCCGGCGCGCGGCCCUCCGGCCGGCCCUCGCUCGGCGCGGCGAGCUGGACGCUCACUCCGGCCGCCGCCGCAGCUUCGCCUCCUCGGCCGCCAUCUUGCCUCAACCCCUCUCCCUCCCCCCGUCAGGCCGGGCGGCCGCGCCGAGGCAGCUCCGACGCGGGCUCCUCCUCCUUCCGGAGGGUUGGGGAGACGGCUCCCUCCCCGGGCGGAGCGCCGCUCUCACCUCGGCCUGGCUUCCUGGGUCGCGGGAGCCGCGCCGGUCCCUCUCGGCUUGUCCCACACGCUCGGACCCGCCCCGGCAGCGCCGCCUCGGGCCCGAGGCGCCGCGGCGGCCAUCGCGCAGCCGGCCCGGAGCGCCCCCGCGAGCCGGCCGCUCCCGCGUGCCCCGGGGCCUUCCCCUCGGGCGUGGGAAAGGACGAGGCGCCCGGCGCGAGGCCCACCUGGCGACCCCUGCGCGCCGCCGAGCCGCGGGGAGAAAGCCGAGCCCACGUGGCGGGGAUGCGCGUUGGAGUCCCACCCGGGCUCCACCGGCAUGGCGGCCUCGGGCCUCCUCCGCGGCGCGGUGGCUCCCUAA